AUGCCCGCCUCAACAGGAGCCCCCCAGACUCUCUACGACAAGGUUCUUUCGAGCCACAUCGUCGAUGAGAAGCUCGACGGCACAAUUCUUCUCUACAUUGACAGACACCUGGUCCAUGAAGUGACAUCACCGCAAGCUUUCGAGGGCCUCAAGAAUGCCGGCCGCCAAGUCCGCAGACCGGACUGCACUCUGGCCACCACCGAUCACAACGUCCCGACCACAUCGCGAAAAGGCAUCAAGGACAUUGCCUCCUUCAUCAAGGAGGACGACUCGCGCAUACAAUGCGUCACCCUCGAGGAGAACGUCAAGGAGUUUGGCCUGACAUACUUUGGCCUGGGCGACAAGCGCCAGGGCAUCGUCCAUGUCAUCGGGCCCGAGCAGGGCUUCACCCUGCCCGGCACCACCGUCGUCUGCGGUGACAGCCAUACCUCGACACACGGCGCCUUUGGCGCCCUGGCCUUUGGCAUCGGCACCAGCGAGGUCGAGCACGUGCUGGCCACGCAGUGCCUCAUCACCAAGCGCAGCAAGAACAUGCGCGUCCAGGUGGACGGAGAGCUGGCCCCCGGCGUCACCUCCAAGGACGUGGUCCUGCACGUCAUUGGCAAGAUUGGCACCGCCGGAGGCACCGGCGCCGUCAUUGAGUUCUGCGGCUCCGUCAUCCGCAGCCUCAGCAUGGAGGCCCGCAUGUCCAUCUGCAACAUGUCCAUCGAGGGCGGCGCGCGCGCCGGCAUGGUCGCCCCCGACGAGCACACGUUCGAGUACCUCAAGGGCCGGCCCCUGGCGCCCAAGUUCGGCACGGAGCAGUGGGACAGGGCCGUCGCCUACUGGAAGUCGCUGGCCUCGGACGAGGGUGCCAAGUACGACAUUGACGUCUUCAUCGACGCCAAGGACAUUGUCCCGACCAUCACCUGGGGCACCAGCCCCGAGGACGUCGUCCCCAUCACCGGCAAGGUGCCCGACCCCGAGACCUUUGCCACCGAGGCCAAGAAGGCGGCCGGCCGCAGGAUGCUCGAGUACAUGGGGCUCACUGCCGGAACGCCCAUGGAGGAGAUUGAAGUCGACAAGGUCUUUAUCGGAUCCUGCACCAACUCGAGAAUCGAGGACAUGCGGGCGGCCGCCCACGUCGUCAAGGGCAAGAAGAUUGCCCCCAACAUCAAGCGGGCCAUGGUCGUCCCCGGCUCCGGCCUCGUCAAGACGCAGGCCGAGGCCGAGGGCAUCGACCAGGUCUUCAUCGACGCCGGCUUCGAGUGGAGAGAGGCCGGCUGCAGCAUGUGCCUGGGCAUGAACCCUGACAUUCUGUCGCCCAAAGAGCGCUGCGCCAGUACCUCGAACCGCAACUUUGAGGGUCGUCAGGGAGCGGGUGGACGAACCCAUCUCAUGUCUCCUGUCAUGGCUGCCGCCGCUGCCAUUACCGGCAAGCUGACUGACGUCCGCAAGUUGGCCGAGUACACCACCAGCCCUCACGUCCAGGCUCGCGUCGCCCCUAGCACUCCCGUCGAGCCGCCUCACGUCGACGAGCGCGUCGAGGAUUCUGACGAGCGAGAGGCCAUUACCGAUCAGCCCCUGGAUCGCGAGCCGCACACCAACACCCUGGCGGCCAAGAUGGAUUCCGCCGGCAUGCCUAAGUUUGAGACUCUCAAGGGAGUUGCGGCGCCCAUGGAGCUUGCCAACGUCGACACCGACGCCAUCAUCCCCAAGCAGUUUCUCAAGACCAUCAAGCGAACCGGUCUGGGGUCAGCCCUCUUCCACAACCUGCGCUAUCUCCCCGACGGCUCCGAGAACCCCGACUUCGUCCUGAACAAGGAGCCGUACAGGAAGUCCAAGAUCCUGGUCUGCACCGGCCCCAACUUUGGCUGCGGCUCGUCCCGAGAGCACGCCCCCUGGGCGCUGCUCGACUUUGGCAUCAAGAGCGUCAUCGCGCCGACCUUUGCCGACAUCUUCAACAACAACAUGUUCAAGAACGGCAUGCUGCCCAUCCAAAUCUCCAACAAGGAGCACCUCGACGCCAUCGCCGCCGAGGCCCGCGCCGGACGGGAGAUUGAGAUUGACCUGCCCAACCAGCUCAUCAAGAACGCGGCCGGCGAGACCAUCUGCUCGUUUGACGUGGAGGAGUUCCGGAAACACUGCCUGGUGAACGGCCUGGACGACAUUGGCCUGACGAUGCAGCUCAACGACAAGAUUGUUGAGUUUGAGAAGAAGAGGAGCAUCCACACGCCCUGGCUGGACGGCACGGCGUAUCUGAGGCGAGGCAAGGAUGGCAGACUGGCUGCCAAGGCGGUGCCCGUGCCCAAGACGAAUCGCGGUGAGGAGAAGAAGGAGCCUCUGGAGUGGUGA